AGAUGCAGAACAUGAGACGAAUCUGGGGAAAGCUCGGACUCAAACAAUCUAAAAAGUUUGCAACCCUUUGAUUCAAAAGCUACAACUUAUUUCAAGUGAAAGUGCACAUAUCUUUUGCGUAACAGCCUCACUAAGAAUUUUUUUUUUUUUUUUUCCCUCUAUAUAAGGUAAUAAACAAUUUGGCAAUACGGAAUGGCGCCAAUUUUAGAGGGCUGACUCAAAAUUUCGGACAUUUUAAGGGAUUUUUUUUAAUUAUUUUCAGAUCUAUAAGGUAUAAAUAUUAUUUACUACCAAGACGAACAAGCAACCGACCUUAGCUCAGUUGGUAGAGCGGAGGACUGUAGUGGGGUUUCCUGGUAGAUAUCCUUAGGUCGCUGGUUCGAAUCCGGCAGGUCGGAUAGUUUUUUUAUUAUCUACCUUUGUAUUCUGCAAAUCUUUAAUGAUUCUUGCUUUCUUCCUCUACACUUUUCUUCUUUCUUUUUUUUUUUGGUUCUUUUUUGUUUGUAUCAAUUCUUCUACACUUUUCUUUUGGGCGAUGUGGGGGAAAGUGAGUCCGUCCCCUUACACUCAAAUUCGAAUCUCUUCUUCUAUAAGUUAGAUGAAUUUAGCAUAUCGUUUAUAUAAAAAAAAAAAAAAAAAGUAGUAAAUUUAUCUGAUUGCCCACUGCCUACUUACAUCUGUUCCCCUGUCUCUCCUCCUAUACCCAGCAAGCACAAAUACACACCUCUAGGUCCUCUUGGAAAAGAUCAUAAUAUCAUCAUAUAUUAAACAAAGAAGCCAAGAGAAUCCCAACAAUGGAACAAAAAACACUCCUACCAGCUCUUUUAUGCGUCAUCUUCUUCAACCUCCUCUGCUUCACCAUAGCCCAAAAACCUCCUGCAUGCCAAACCACAUGUGGUUCCCUUAAACUCAAAUAUCCCUUUGGCACAGGCGCUGGCUGUGGCUCCCCAACUUUCCAACCCUACAUAGCCUGCGAAAUUACCAACAAGGACCAAAAGCAGCAGCAGCAGCUCCUCCUCACCACCCACACAGCCUCAUACCCAAUCACUUCCAUUUCCUACUCCACCCAAACCCUAACCCUAACCCCGCCCUCCAUGUCCUCCUGCUCCUCCAUGCAACCGUCCCCAUCCAACUUCGGCCUCGACUGGGCCAGCCCUUUUCAGCUCGGCCGAUCAACUUUCAUCCUCUUGUCCUGCCCACCCCCCACCUCUUCUCUCACCCUCGGAGGCUCCUCCGGCAUCCCGGUCUGUGAUCCUUCCUACUCUAACCUCUGUGCUUCUAUCUACACGUGCCCUUCUGUGGUUGGUCUUGGCCUUCCUUUGUUCCCCCCUACCAACACUUGCUGUGUGUAUUCACCCGGCAAUCUUGAUAGCAAGGGUGAGCUGGACCUCUGCGGGCUGAAGUGCGCCGGGUAUACCUCCGUGGUGUCCCUUGGAGACUACCCGACGGACCCCUCCCGGUGGGAGUAUGGGGUGGCGUUAAAGUAUAGCCAUGGUGAUUUGGAUAGUGGCAUUGUGGACACCAAGUGCAAGAGCUGUGAGAUGAGUGAUGGGGUUUGUGGGUAUAGUGUUGAUGAUCAUUCGUUUCUCUGCGGGUGUAAGAAUGGCUACAACACCUCCUCGGAUUGCAACAAUAAUUUCAGUCCAGAUCAGGAACUGUUUUGGGGCUCUGCCUCUAAUUUACUACCUGCUUGGAAAAUGUGGUUUGCGCUCGUGGUUUUUUGGGAAAUCUCCUACUCGUUUUGAUCUUUUUUGAAUUGUAAUUGGACCCCAAAAAAUAUUUAUGUGACUGAAAAAAAAAAUUAGAAUAAUAAAACAGUCAAAUUGAAAAGGAA